CGAGUUCUCUAUUGCCCGCACCGCCUCCACCCGAAACCCCAUCUCUUCGCCUUCCUCGUCGCCUCCUCUUUUAACUAAUUUUCCUCCUCUCUCUCUCUCCCCUGCCGCCGCCCCUGCGACCUCCUCCCCUAUCUUUUCCCACCUUGAUCUCCUACCGCCCUAGCACCGAAUUCUAGUUAUCGUCCGUUUCGAUCUCGCUGCCGUGACGUCUUUGAAGACGUCGCGUUGCUCUCUCGCUGCCCUUGGCUUGUUAGACCGCUCGAUCAGUCCAUUUCUUACUGGAUAGAUUGAAGAUUGAGAGAGGAGGUUUUCUGUAACGGGUUUGUUUUCUAUUUGAGGGAUCCCGGUCGGUCUAUCGAUCGAUCGGGAAUUUUUGAGAAAUUAGGGUUUCUGGUGGUUCUUGAAGAUGAAGAGGAGUUCGCGGCACCGGUCGCAUCGGUCGAGGAAGCUCUCGAGGGAUCGGUCUGACUCAGAGGAGGAGGAGGAGAGCCUGCGGGAGAAGAGGACCAGGGAGGAGGAGACUUCAGGAGGCAGGGUUUCUAGGGAUCUGAUGUCGGAGAAGCAGAGAUCCUUGCAUGAGCAUUCCGGAAAGGAGAUGGUGAGCAAUAGCAACGGCGAUGUCUCCGGUGAGAAGAAACGGAAAACAAGAGAGGACGAGGAGGCGGUGGUUGCUGAUCGGUGGAAUGGUGGCAAGGAAAACGACGGGAAGCGGUCAAAAAGUGAAGAUUUUGGUCCCACGGAGUUGGAUAAAAGUUCAAAAGCAAAGACUGAUGAUAUCAAGAGUAGGUCAAGCAGAAGGAACGAUGGUCAUAACGAAAGGAAUGAGGAUCAUGGGAGUAGGAAUGACUUCGCGAAGGGGAAGUUUGAGAAAGAUUCAAUCCAGAGAGAAGGUAGUUAUCACUACAAGGAUGGAAAGGAGAGGUUCAAUAGUAAGGACAGGGAGGUCCAAGAUUCCAGGCAUGAGAAAUCUGAAGAUUUGCACAGUAGGAAAUAUGGUUCUAAGACUCUCUCAAACAAUGAAGAACAUGCAAUGAAGAAAAAUGCAAAAAUUAAUGUUACAGAAAGUCAAGUUCAGGAUUUGUUGCCCCGUGUUGAAACAGAGAAAGGGCCUGAGAAACACACCCGAAGGGAUGACACCGAAGACAAGGAGAAACGGCUAGAUGAUAGUAGAGACACUGAUGGUAGGCGACUUUCUUCUAGAGAUCAUAGUAGAAGUAGAAGCCAUAAAGAUGAGAGGCACGAAAGCACCAAGUACAAAGGUAAAUACAGGAAUGACUAUGAUCAUCAUGAUGACAAGAACCAAGAAGAGCGGCCUUCAAAAGAUCGCUCAAGUGAUAAAUCUGACAGAUUCAACCUAAGAGAUGAAAAUAAAUCUUUGGAUGGCUAUAAGAAAACUAAACCUCAGGACACUAAUCAGGAUGACACUUACCUUGAUGCUCGUGACACCAAGCUCAAAGAAAGCAAAAGGAGAAGAUAUUCCAAUGAAAAAGAUGAUCUUGGUGACCCAAAACUUAGAGGCACAAAAGAACGACAUGAAAUUGAGAAAAAUGUUUCAAGUGUCAGUAGAACUACUUCUUCCUACAAUGAUAAACCCAGGUCAGGAUAUCGAACAGAGAAGACUGAUUCAAGCCCAAAUAAUAAACAAUUUAAAGGCUUUACGAGCUCCAAUUCUCAUUCUGUUAAUGAUCAUUACAGGGACAUGUCGAGGUAUGAAGACUCAGGUCAUAGAUUAUUGGCACCUGAAGAAAGACGUUCUAACCCAAGUCUCAAAGGAGAUUCUAUGACUCCAGGGCUGCGCGAUAGAAACACUGCUCCUCGAUCUGGGAAGCUUAGCACAAAGGAUGACAUCCAUUCAGGUGAAUUAUUGGUAGAAACUUCCCUAAAGUAUGAUAGGGCUCCAAGAUCAGAUGAAUGUAGUUCACCAAAUCAGUCAAAGGCAAGAUCUUCAACUAAAAAUUCUCAUCGAAUUUCUGAAUCUAAAUAUGAACGAGCUUAUAGACAAAGCCUUGACACUGAAAUUAUCCAAAGGAAUGCUAGCUAUAAAGAUGGUGAUAGAGGAGAGUUUGAUUCAGAAAAGCCAAUUCCAGAUGAUAUACCUAAGGCUGGUGUUAAUGCUAGGGAAUCAACGCCUAUUGGGUCGGCACCUGUUUACCGAAGUAGCAAUAUUUCAGACCGCUCACCUAAUUACCUCCGCCCUCCACCAUCUUCGAGGGUUGGGAUUGACAGCCCGUCCGUCUUGGGUCCAUAUCAAGAGGAUAAUAAAGCUCAUAGUAAUGACCGUAGAUCUAAUAGCCGUUACAAACGAAGUGAACUUGGAUUUGAAAGGGGACAUGGAAAUGCCUGGACAGUUGGCCCAAAUUGGUCUGCACCAGCCACAAAUGUUUUUAUGCCUUUGCAACAUGGACCACCUUCUACUGGAUUUCAUCCAGCAAUGUCCCCCUUUCCACCUCCUCCCAUGUAUGGAGUUAGACCUAUGGAUUUGGCACAUGGUGGUGUUUCUUAUCACAUACAUGAUAUGGCUGAGAGGUUUUCUAGUCAUGGCCGGCCUUUUGGUUGGCAUAAUUCUGUUGAUCAAUUGUGCCAUCCUCAAAUGCAGAUGUGGGAUAGAAGCAAUGGUAUGUUCAGUAAUGAGUCCCAUAUAUACGGUAGGCAAGAGUGGGACGAUAAUGGACAGCUAAUGGGCAGUAGAGGUUGGGAAAUGGGUUAUGAGAUGUGGAAGGAUCACAAUGUUAACAGUAUGGAUCCAGCAUUGAAGAAAGAAAUGCAAUCUUCAACACACUCUCUAACUGAUGAACUAGUCCAAUCAAAGUGUUUACCGACUGAAAGCAGUGGUGGAAAGCAUUCAAGUGACACAGCCACUUCUAAGAAUGAUAUGGAGUCUCCCCCCAAAACUGUAUCCAAGAGGACAUUUGAGCCCUCUCAUGUUGUAGAAAAUAAAAAAGUGAAUUAUGUUCCGAAUUACCUUUCCAGGAUUGAUAUCUCACCUGAUCUUGCUAGAUUGGAGUUGUAUGAAAUGUGCACAUCCCAAGUGGUAAAAUCCGACUCUAAAGAUGUCUGCUGUUAUACUAAUUCUGGAUGUUUUCAGAUGAACAAAGAUGGCAAGAUCGGAAAAAUAGAUACGAGUUCUAUUUUGAAGUCAUUCUAUUCCACUGCCAAAGAUGAUUUAUUUAAGAAAGCCAUGUCCCUGUAUCAUAAACAAAGCACAAGAUAUGUGAAACUUGCUGCCCCAGAAAAGGGUUGUUCUGAAGAGACCAAAAGAUUGGUUUUAGAAUCUUCAGAAAAUGAGGUAGCCCAGGAUGGUGGUGACUCGGCAUCCUUGGUGAAGCUACCUAUUUUUGCUGAUGAUCCUACUGACAACAUGCAGGUAGAGAAUGACAUCGUUCAGGAAUAUGAUAAUCUUGUAUCUGAUUCUGUUCCUAGUGCCGUUGCUCACGAUGCAGGAGAGAGUAUGGUAAGUUUAAGUCGGAUACUUAAUUCUGAUGAAAAUACACAUUGAACAAUUAUAAUUCUGGUUGCUAAUGUCAUUGCCCGUCUUUUUUUUUAAAAAAAAUUCCCUUCGAUUUGGAUUUCC